CAUAUAGAUUUCAAUCGUCAAAUUCAAUAACGUAAUGACUUUCGAUGAUUAUUCUUACUUCAUAUUUAUGUAGGUCCUUCUGCCGAAAAAUGAAAAAGAGGAAAAACUCAGAUGCAAAGUGUUCAUGGUAGGAAAGAGCGCAAGAAAAUUGUGCUAAAUGAGAACAAUCAACCCAUAGAUCCUACUGAUGAUGAUGUAAAUGAGUUGGGUAGCUUCCUUGGUACAUUGGCAAGGAAUGCGACCUUUUGUCCUCUUAAUGUAUUUGAUUAGAGGAAACUUGAGACAAAAGAAGAUAUGUUAUGUCAUGGUUUGAAAUUCGCAAUAUUCAAUAGGUGUGUGUGGAUAUUUCAUAUUAUUUACACCAACCUAACUGCUCUAAAUUUGUAGGGAAAAUAUGACAUUCAUGAAGGUGCAAAAAAGUCGGUUUUUUAAUCAAUUUCAAAUGCUUGGAGAAAGUACAAAAAACAGUUAUAUAAAGACCAUUUUGAACACUAUGAGAAUGACGAGCUUCGAAUGGAGAAUAGGCCGAUUGAUGUUCCGGAUUCUCAAUUUAGGGAACUUCUUAGAUAUUGGAACUCUGAUACCUACAAGGAAAAAAAGAAAGAAACUUCUGAAUCUCUAUCAAGUAAGGACAUAUUUGUGGCUACAAGAAAAAGAAAGCCCGAUCAAGUAUACAAGGCCUCAUAUGCGGAUACUCUUAAUAAAAUUGCUGAAAUGGAUAGAAUACAAUCAACACAAGAAACUGAAGAUGACAGUCAAUCAGUUGAUGCGUUUGCGUCCAUCAUGGGACCUGAGCAUCCAGGACGCCUAAUAUUGUACGGACGUGGGGUUACCAAGACUUCCUUAAAAACAAAAGUGGGAGAUAUUGGAACCUCUUUAAGUUCUAUUGAUGAGAUGCUGCAACAAAAAAUGGUGGAAAUGGAAGAAAGGAUGCAACAAAGAAUGUGGGAAAAGUUUAAUGCACAAAAAGAUGCCAUGGAACUACAAGUUGCAGUUAACAUCAUUUCACAACUUAAGCGUCUGAAUCCAGAUUUACAGGUUGAUCCCAACAUACUAGUUUUCAAUGCUCGUUCACCUGGUGAUGUUUUUCCUGCACAAUAAGCUGUUGUGCAACUAAUCAAUUGUCUAUCUACUGGGAGUAAUAAUCGAGGUGGAGCAACUGAAGAAAGGAAAGAUGGAGAAGGUGAGCAACUGAAGAAAGUCAAGAUGGAGAAGGUGAAGAUCUAGACCUUACUUAAGAAGAACUUUGAGUUGUUGUCGAUAUUCUUGGAGUCUUUUGUUAUAACAUUUGAAACUUUAACUUUUGAAGUGUUGAACUGUAAAACUUAUGUAAUUGGGUUAAAACA